AAUUUGAAAAGAGUGAGUGAGUGAGAGAGAGGGCACUCUCCUUAAGCUCCACAAAUCUUCUAGCCUUCCUAAUUAAUUUAGCACUACCCCUACAUUCCACAUAUGGCUUCAGUGCAACUUGUUAGCGAUGUAAGGUGCCAGAGUCUAAUACACUGCGCAGCUUCUUAUGGAGAAAGAGGCAGCGUUCUGUCACUGUCUCAUCGCCGGAACCACGGCUACCGCAGAAUCAGCAACUGCGGCGGUGGCGGCGUAUGCACUGAAGGAAACUUCAAAGAACACAACAACAUUAUGGAACAGGGAAAGGAUGCAAAACACAGCACCACAAAGCUGGGUCGACGACAGAAGCUCCGAAGGUUGGGGUUCUCGUACUUGGCAUCAUCUUUUCUUUACAUGUUAACAAAGGUUAAAGCCUUGUACAAUGGUUUUCCCAGUAGUGGUGGUGGUGAAUCAAGAAUGGGAAUUGAAGCACCAAAGGCAGAGGCUUAUUUCUCUGUUCCUGUUCUUCCUAAUUAACACAAGCUCCUUCUCUAUAUCUGGAUAUAUAUAUAUUAAAACCGUACAAAUUUAGGGGCUGCAUGUUUGUAAUAUUGUCUAGUCCAGAAGUAUAUGAUCAAUGGUGUUUAUAUUAUUAGAUUAUAGCAUGUACUUUGUAAUUAAGACCCUCCUUGGAGAGGUUAAAUUCUAGCUUAUUGAGAUAAUUAUUUAGUUGUAAUUUCACCCUAUGAAAUAUGAAAAAUUGUAUUCAUGGAAAAGUUAAUUGAAGGAGUUUCUGGAAAAAUUGAAGUUCUCCAACUUAAGUGUAUAUUUUCAA